AUGUUUCGCAUAUUUGCUGUAUGCGCAAUGUCCAUCCUUGUUGGCGUAUGCGGACAACCUACGGUAAAGAAACCCAUCGAAGACGAUCCCGCAUAUGCGGAAUUCCAGCAUGCACGCGAGUUCCGUGAUCCAGGAGAAAAGCUUUUCAUAAAAUACACCACAUAUCAGACUCCUCGUGGGGCCGAUUGCUUCUGGAACACUGUAGAGUGCGUGGAGCACCGAUACAUGCUUCAACUUGGAAUGAGAAUUGGCGGGAAGACAAUUCAAUUUGAGACUCCGCUCCUGUUCAACACCAGCGAAGGACACACCCGGCCGAACGUAAUCUUGCAUAAGCUCACACCAAAUGACACUGAACCUAGAAGAUUUCCCUUAAUGUAUCUGAAGCCGACAGGAGAUUGUUUAGUCGUGAGAGUUCCAAAUCAAAAUAACGGUUGUAUCUUAUUCAUCCGAGAAAAAAGUGCAACUUGCGAUGAAUGUCAUAAAGAAUGCGAAGACAUUUAUGAAGAAAACUGCAACAUGACUCUGGAACGAUCUCCGUAUCGUAGCACCUGCCAGAAAGAAAUAGCUCCUCAAUGUUGA